AUGGAGAAGGCCGAAGACCCUGAUAAAUAUGUUCCACCUGAGAUAAUCAAAUGCAUCGAAGAGACAUUAAGCCAACAUGACUAUAAAUACAUUGAUAGGAGUACCAAGGGAAUCUCACUGAAUAAGGGACUUCUACCGCACAAGUUCUCUACCACUGACAUUCCUAAGUUCAAACCCACAGACAACCCUUAUUUCAACCUGAAAGCUUUCGAAACGGUCAUGGACAUUAAGGGGGCUAACAAGCAACUUUUCCCUUUGUUCUUCCAUCUUUCAUUAGAACCGGUGUGUCAACAAUGGUUCUUUUCUGGAUUCCAAGGACACUGUUACUUGGGAGAGCAUUGCUUAACAGAAUUCUAUAAUAUGUGGAAGGAAGUUUCUGCUAGGAUGAUUAAGGCCCCAGACGGAAAAAAGUCUGUGAGAAUGUUCGUUAGAAAUUUCCAAGAAAAGUAUCAAGAGUACCUGAAAUAUCAACUCCUAAACACUUUCAAAGCUGUCUACAAUAUAGGCAUCGAAAUUGAAGACGACCUUAUGAAAUUGGCAGCUGCUAAUAAUAAUAAUGCGAAAGGAAAGAGGAAUGACCAUCCUUCUUCUUCCUCUCCCAUUAAUGAAGUACACUCCAUAGACACUCCUAAGAAACAAAUCCAAAGGUCGAAAAGAGUGUUUACUGCACUUGGCAUGAGCUAUGAAACAGCCUUCGAUAAACUACACCACAAAGGAUUGGUCAUGCCCAUAGGACCUAUCAAAGAUCCAGUCCCAGAAGCCAGACCACCUAAGCAAGAUCCUAAUAAACAUUGCAAGUACCACCAAGGAAAAGGUCAUGAUACUGAGGAAUGUUGGAAACUCAAAUAA